AUGGUCCGUUUCGCAACGGCCCUUCUGGCCUUGUCUGCCACCGCUUUGGCAACAACCACUUGUAGCUCAAGCAGCCAAUGCCCUGAGGAUACGCCUUGCUGCUCCCAGUAUGGCGAGUGCGGCACUGGCGCUUACUGUUUGGGUGGCUGCGAUAUUCAGGGCUCAUACUCAAUUGAGUCAUGUGCUCCCAUGCCUGUUUGUGAGAGCAAGACCUAUACCUGGGAUAACCUCGACAAUUCUGUCCUCAACACCAAGUACCUGGGCAAUGCCUCUGCCGCCGAUUGGACCUACAGCGGAUACCCUAAGACCGAAAAUGGUUCCCUUCUCAUGACCAUGCCCAAGGAGUCCGUGGGUACUCUUUUCGCCAACAACCACUAUCUCUGGUACGGCAGUGUCUCGGGAAAAAUCAAGUCCAGCCGUGGCAAGGGUGUCGUGACUGCUUUCAUCCUGCUGUCCGAUGUCAAGGAUGAGAUCGACUAUGAGUGGGUCGGUGCUGACCUUACUGGUGUGCAAUCCAACUACUACUGGCAGGGUGUUCUAGACUGGCACAACAGCGCCAAUAUUUCCGUUAGCGGCGAUGACACCUUCGAUGACUGGCACACUUACGAGAUCAAUUGGCAGCCCGACCAGCUGCAAUGGAUCGUUGACGGCAACGUGAUGCGUACCCUGAACAAGGCCGACACCUACAACGAGACCUCCAAGCAGUACCAAUACCCCCAGAGUCCUUCUCGCCUGCAGAUGUCUAUCUGGCCCGCCGGCCAGUCCACUAACGCCCCUGGUACUAUCGCCUGGGCAGGUGGUGAGAUUGACUGGGAUAGUGAGGACAUCCAGAACGAUGGCUAUUACUAUGCUACUAUUGGCCAGAUCGAUGUUCAGUGCGCCGACAUUCCCAGCGGUAUUAGCGUCACUGGCAACAACUCCUACGUCUACACAUCCAGCAGUGGUAUGGAAACCGAUGUUGAGGUCACCUCCAACUCGACUGUUCUCGGUUCCCUGGGUGCCACUGGUCUCGACCCUACCCUUGGCGCCAACAGCACCUCUUCCUCUUCCUCCUCCUCUUCCAGUGCUAGCGACAGUAUCCCCAGUAACUCCAGCGGCUCUGGUGGUUCUGGAAGUGCUGGAGCGCAAGCUGCUAGCAAUUCCACCACUGACUCCAACCCCACAUCCACCUCCAACUCCUUCAGCCAGGGUACCACUACCAGCAACGCUGCCAACCAGAACGACCGUGCUCUGGGUGGUUCAGUCUUUGCUGUCCUGGUUGCUGUGUGUGGAUUGAUGACGUUGUAA